AUGGCUGACACACAUACCGCUUCUGUAGACGAGGCUAACGCCGCCCGUCUCCCACUCGGAUACCGCGACCAGUGCUCUGCCCUGCUCAUCCCGCUCAACAAGUGCAGGAAAGAGACACUCUAUGCACCCUGGAAGUGCGAGGACGAACGUGCCAAUACGACGAGUAAGCUUCACCUCAAUCCCGCACCCUUUCUCAACAACACUUCAGAGUCGAUACUGACAAUGCCGUUUGGACUCAACAGCUUCAUCCGCAGACAACGCGAGCUCUCACAACUCAAGAAGGCCAAGGCCGAGGCUGACGAGUAA